CGCACCGGGAAGAUGGCGGCGCCCGGGCCGGCGUGGAACCGGCCGGAUGUGCCGUGGAACCGGCUGGACGUGCCGUGGCCCGCGGCCAGCGCCACCGUAGCCCUGGCGGCCACGCACCCCGCAGUGAGGCGGCUGCCGGCGCUGCGGCGGCGCUGCGAGGCGGCCGGCAAGCGGCUGUCGGGGUCCGGGCUGGAGGCCGAGGGACGCGUCCUGCGCGCCGUGCUCCAGGCGUACCACAGCCGGCUGCUGCGGCACCGGCCCUACCUGGCGCUGCGGCAGGUAGAGCAAUGCUUGAAGCGCCUGUGGAAGAUGAACUUGGUGGGCUGCAUUGAAACUCUGGCAGGACUGAUUCCCAAGAAAAAUAAAUCCGAAGCCCAUGGAGAGUGCUUAGUUCCCAGCCAGCCUAUGCUGGAAACAGUGGCUCUGAAGGUAUUGGGCGGUUGCAAGCUCAUACUACGUCUAUUGGACUGUUGCUGUAAAGCUUUUAUCUUGUCCAUUAAACAUCUCUGCUCAGAAGAAUUCAUACUUUUGAACACUGUGGUUUCGGGGUUGUUGAGCCGGCUACGGAUUCAGUACAGGUGUGUGUUGCAGAGCCUCGCUUCCUUGUAUGGCAUAUUGUCAACAUCACUUCAUCUUGUGUCUGAGACCCAACAGAUGUCUUAUAUCAAGGGGUUUACCUUCCCUUCUGAUAUCAGCAACUUCCUUGGAGUUAAUGUCUCUAUUGAGCCGAAGAAGAAAAAGGCUAGAAUGCUUACAACAAAAAAGCCUAAAGGCUGGCUGAAGAAGCUCUUCCCAGCAAGGGUAGAGGAAGUGUCCAAGGUGGGGAAAAAGAGAAAUGUUGCAACAUGCAUGAGUGCUGUGAAAAACUAUGGCAUCCCAUGCCCUGCAGACAUCGGAGAGCCAGUUCUGGUGACCAGCAGAGGGAAGCACCUGAUGUCUGAUGUGAAGAGCUUACUUAGACCAUCCAGACCUCUAACACAACAGGGUGUGAGUAUCUCAUCAACACCUUAUAAAACGAAGUCAGCAUCACUUUCCUCUCAUAUAGCAAAAUCUCAGCAUGCUGGACAUCUUCUACAGAUGGUCCAAACAGCUACAUCAUUUGGGGAACUGUCAGAGGCACUCAGAAAAGCUAUUGUGUGGUGCAAAGGCAACAAAUUCAAAUCAGAAGCCUAUUUUCUGCGUAACAAGUUGUUGAAAAGCAACCGGCUGCACCAUGUGGAGGCUCAAGGAUGCAGCUUGAAGAAAAAACUCUGCUGUGUCAAAACAUCUGUCUGCAAAUGCCUCCUGUACGGGUCACAAAACACACGCUGGCCAAGGCAGUGUCUUGGGGCAAGGUUCAGCCGAAGGUGGAUCAAAUCAUCUGUGAGACUGAAGAGGAGAACUCCAGAGACUGUUCGGCAAAAACCUGCUGAGUUUUUUGGGGUCUGUGAGAACAGUGCAUCACCCCUCCUUCCAGCUUACCAGGAUGGGCCUCUGAGUUGGGAAGGAUGUUCCAAUGCUGAUGCAGCCUCUGUCAAACUAAGCGCAGUGGGGACCCCUAAGCAGCUGCUGCAGGAAGGAAGCCCUGGCCCUGUGUGGAAAGAAGCUACUGAGAACAUGGACAUUGAUUCUAUUUUUGCAGCAAUGGGUGUCUGACCUUGGGACAUGCAAGGAGGAAAGAGGUCAAGUCAUUCAAAUUACUUUUUCUUAAGUAAAACCCUCAAAACCCUAGUGGUGUCUUGGUAACUCAGACUCUGAAUCCUGCCACAAAAGUAGCAACUAUUAAACUAUACUAUUCUGUAGAACAGCUUUUUUUUUUUUUU